CUCAGAAGAGGGGGGGCAGUGCUGCUUCCUCGCACCUCUCAGAUGUAGCAGAAUAAGAUGCUGAAGUUCUUCUCCUCCCGGGAUGAUGAGAAUGAAAGCCUUUUGGGUGAAAUAACUGAGGAUGAGGCAGACAACCUGUCUCUUCAGGACACCAAGCAGCCCUGGCUGAACAGGCCCUACCUCCUGGUCCUCAGAGACGGGACUGUGACCAAACCUGGACUGGGCUGCAGUCAGAUCCCAGCAGAGUCUCUGUCUAAAGCCGCCUCAGGUGCAACGUUCCUAAGCACAGCCAGACCAUGUGAGCAGAAACCACCAGAAGCYGCUCCACGCUCCCAGCUGAACGACAGCAGCUGCACCAUGACUGCAGUCUCCCCGUGGGGCAACGGGGGGUCCUCCAGCUCCCUGGUUUUGAGUCCUGCUGAGGUCGCAUGGCCUGAGGAGAAGGAAGAGGCGGAGGACAAGAAGCCGCAGAUUCUCCCAUCAAAGGAGGAGUCUGUGAUUGAAGAGAAGGAGCUGGAGGAAAGUGGGAAGGAGCUGCAGGAGGAGUCCUGCAGCUUGGCUGCUACUGCAGCGGUUUCCCAAGAGGAGCUGGGGGCCGGGGGGCCCGGGGAGUGUCCGAGCCAGUUUACGAUGACCAGAUCAGAUGGAGGAAGCGAGAUGAGCAAGGCCCCGGCAGCCAACCUAGAGGGAGCCACGAGGGAGGGUACAGUUCCUGAUAACGAGUCCCAGAUGAGCCUGAUKGGAAUUCUGUCCAAGGACCGAGGAGCUGUUCUCGGGGACGUGGCUCCGGUGUGGGUCCCUGAUGCUGACGCUCAGGUCUGCAUGAAGUGUGGGGUCAAGUUUACYUUCACCAAGAGAAGGCACCACUGCCGCGCUUGUGGGAAGGUUUUUUGUGCCCUUUGUUCCAAUCUAAAGUUCAGACUUACACAUCUGGACGGCAAGGAGGGACGGGUCUGUGUUUCCUGUCAUUCAGCCCUCAUCAGAAGGACUCCCCCCGGGGGGAAAAGGAAAGUGUGGUUUGCAGAUGAGAUCCUCGCCAAUCAGCAGUCCGAGUCGGCCCCGACCACUCCAGUGAGGGGGCCCUCCUUCUCACCGCUGAUGAGGCGAGCCCUGGAGGAGCCUGAUAAAAGCCCUGUUGGAUCACCACAGGUCAGGAGAAGCUCCAGGACACACAGGUCGAUGAUCAGUGAGGCCUGUGGUCCUUAUGGUUGGGGCACCACAGCUUUAGUGAGCAACUCUGCCAACCUCAUUCCCUUGGAUGGUCUGCCACCAAUCCUCACCUCCACAGGAGUCAAAGGAGAUUACACUGUGGACGAGAAGCCUUCUGAGAUGCUGCUCAUCCAGGAGCUGGAGAGCGCCAGGUGCAAACCCGUGGUGUUCGUUCUCAACGCUAACCUGCUCGCCAUGGUCAACCUGGUCAACUACGUAAACAGGAAGUGCUGGUGUGUGACAACCAAGGGAAUGCAUGCUCUGGGCCAGGUGGAGGUGGUGGUGCUUCUUCAGUGUCUGCCUGAUGAAAAAAGCUUCCCCAAAGACAUUUUCAGUCACUUCAUCCAGCUGUACAGGGACUGUCUGGCAGGGAAGGUCGUAAAGCACCUGUCGCUCUUCCUGUUCGGCAGUCGAUUCUUAGGGAACCGCGAGCACGCCGGCUUCUUGUACGUUCAGUCCACUCUGCAGUCGCUUCAAGGUCUACCUCUGCCCAACCAGCCUUACCUCUUCGGCCUGCUGGUCCACAGAGCAGAAGUGGCCUGGGCCAAAGCCUUCCCCCUGCGCCUCAUGCUGCGACUGGGGGCCGAGUACAGAUUUUACCCAUGUCCCCUGUACAGCGUGAGAUUCAGGAAGCCCCUGUUUGGGGAAAUAGGUCACACCAUAAUGAGACUGUUAGUGGACUUUAGAAAUUACCGUUACAGCCUACCGAUGGUGGCGGGGCUCACUGUGGAUCUAGAAGCUCAAAGGACCCUGAUAAAGAUUCCAACCACCGGACAUAAUGAGUUAAUGAAGGCUUUGAAUAAGUGCAACGAGCACGUGCUGGCUUUAGGAGCGUCUUUCAACGACAGCGCAGACUCCCACCUGAUCUGUGUGCAAACAGAGGACGGCCAGUACCAAACCCAGGCUAUCAGCAUCCACAACCAGCCACGCAAAGUGACUGGAUCGUGCUUUUUCAUAUUCAGCAGUGCCCUGAAAGCGUCUGCAGGACACCUGGCCAAGUCCAGCAUAGUCGAGGAUGGGCUUAUGGUGCAGGUCACCGUGGAAACCAUGGCGGAGAUUCGCCGGUCGUUCCGGGAGAUGAAAGACUACACCGUCACAUGCGGGCAGCUCGACCAAUCAAAGAGCCAGGAGCUGGUUUGUUUACAGUGGGUGGAGGACAGAUGUGCUGUGAACAAGGGUGUCAUCAGCCCCAUUGAUGGAAAAUCCAUGGAGUCUGUUCGAAGUAAGAAGAUGUUCCAGAAGUCAGAAUACAAAGAAAACGGCAAAAUCAUCCGCUGGACAGAAGUGUUCUUCCUGCCGAGAGGCCGCGGUGUGAAAGGAGGAGCAACUGACUCGGCCGAACACAGCCGGCUGACGGAACGGAUAGCCCGGGCCUUCUGCCUGGCACUCUGUCCUCACCUGAAACUGCUGAAAGAAGACGGGAUGGCUAAACUGGGGCUGCGUGUCACGUUUGACACUCAAGAGGUGGGAUUUGUGGCCGGGAGCAACGGGCAGCCUCUCCCAGCUCAGUACCUCAACGCUCUGGACAGCGUUCUGAUCCCCGUCAUCCACAGCAGGGGCCGCACGAGGGGAGAAGAGCCCAUCAUUAUGGAGCUCAUCUUUUACAUCCUGGAGAACAUCACCUAAAGUCCACGCACUGCUCACAAGUUUGUCUCCGCUCUCCGAGCACGGCUCCAUCUUCAGUCUGACCAUCAGUUUCCAUUCCAAACCUGGAUCACAGCCGAGGUCCGAACCCUCCAAUCCCUUUAGGAGACGAGUGGUCUGACUCCUAAUUAAAAGAAAACACAGUAAAGCAUGAAACUAAAGAGGGACUGAUGAUCCGGUUCCAGGUCUURUACUGAAACACAAACGUCAUGGCUUAGCAUCAUUCAUGUCCCAUUAGAAGAAUCCUUUUGAAAUAUGGGCUGGAUUCAGAUCUGUGACCAUAAAGCAAAGASGAAAAUAAAUAGAAACUAUAAAUUGAUGAGUUUUAUGUAGUAGAUACGUAGCAGUUUUACACACUGGGUGAAUGUAAGGAAUGUUUUCAUACCGGAUGUGUUUCAUUUGACUGCUCAUGAAACAGAACGUCAGCUUGAAAUUAAACUUGCAACAAGGA